AUGUGGUGGAGCGCACUUUCGCGAGCAGCACAGCAGCGAAGCUGUUCGCUGUGGACGCCACUUGCGUGGCAUUGGCGUCAGCGCUUCGAUAAAAAAUUGGACCUGAGUUCGCGCUCUGCGAGCACAGACGUCGGGGCCAUCAUCGGCAACAACGAGAGUAUACAACGCAAGCUUGCUGUCGAUCCGACUCGUCCGCGCGUUCGGAAACGCAAACCAACAACGCCGUCAAACCGUGCUACCGCUUUGAUCGACUUUUCAGUGCUUUACCGAGGUCCUCCAGUCAAGCGACUUACCGGGGGACUGCGGCGUUCCACCGGGGGGCGGAAUAACCAAGGCCGCACGACUGUCUGGCACCGGGGCGGUGGACACCGACGCCUCUACCGGAUUCUCGACUUGCAUCGACGUCAGUACGCAGGAUUGCCGGGCUGUGUUGAACGUGUAGAGUAUGAUCCAAACCGCAGUGGCCUCAUUGCUCUACUGAGAUAUACGCUGCCCGAGAAGGACGCGUCAUCGGAUACGACGACGACGACGUCGUCGUCAUCAACGACGGUGUUUAGCGAUCUGUAUCGAAACCUUGCCAACGCACUACAAGGAGCGACGACACCGCUGCCAACGUCGCCUUCUCCGGAGCCGAGACUUGUGUAUCUUCCUUACGAGGUAGCGAAAUCCGGGGCAGGCACGUCAGUAUCGGAGACUGGUACCAGUGCCCCGGCGACGAUCACGGCAAAUUCGUCAACGAAUGCCUCGACGGCUUUGCCCAGCAGUGACGCCCCUGUGGAGCCAUCGCGACGCCCUGAACCAACAGUUCACAUGGAAACCAUUCGAUCGAAUGUGCGAGUUCUGAAAAGGCGCUCCGGAUCCAGCCCCAAAACCCAUCUAUCGUACAUUCUAUGCCCGCAGGGUAUUCGAAUCGGGGACUUGCUGCUUUCUCGCACAGAUGGCCCCGUAGAACCGAAACCGGGGAAUGCGUGCCCCCUGCGUUACUUGCCCAUCGGUACCACGGUACACAAUAUCGAAAUGCGACCCCGCUCUGGAGGGCAACUCUGCCGCGCCGCCGGCACCAGUGCUCAGUUGCUCGAAAAGGACGAAAAGCGCAAACGAGCUUUAUUAAGAUUGCAGAGUCGUGAGGUGCGCUACAUCCACUUGGACUGUAUGGCCACAGUAGGCGCGGUGAGUAAUCCAGAGCAUCGCAACCAAUCGAUUGGCAAAGCAGGUCGAAGUCGCUGGCUAGGCCGUCGACCAGUGACGCGCGGUGUCGCCAUGAAUCCGGUGGAUCACCCGCACGGCGGCGGCGAGGGCAAGACCAGUGGCGGGCGACCGUCAGUGACCCCGUGGGGAAAACCAACCAAAGGGUAUCGGACCGUGCGAAAGCCACGCGGUGCGAAUUUCAUCGUACGAAGGCGUUUCAAAGAGUGA